UCUCUCUCAAACUCAUGGCCAAUUUGGCCUUCUUGUUGCCUCCUUUUUUCAUAACAAAACCCUGUAAUUUGUUGACACCCAUGCAGGCCCAACCAGAAGAAAAAGAAUCCAAAUUUUUACUCCAUCCUACGCUCACACAGUAGUCAAAAAAGAGAAAAAGGCGGAAAAGUACCAUUUCACAUCCUCUAUAGUUUUUCCAUACAUGCAUCCAAGUAAGUAUAAAAAGUCACCCUUACAAUGUUCUAAUAUCUACCCAUUCCACAUAUACCUCCUUACUUACAUAGAGCUUCAAAAAGAACCCCCCCAAAAAACAAAAAAUAGAAAAAAUGUUUUAUCCGUUUCUUCUUUUUCUCUUGCACAUAACCAUGGCUUCCGCUGCUGAUCUCCGGUAUGGUUAUUACGCGAAGGCAUGCCCGAAAGCCGAAUUCAUAGUCCGAGAUGUCAUGAAGAAGGCUUGGAUCAGGGAGCAAAGGAGUGCUGCCUCGGUCAUGAGGUUCCAAUUUCAUGAUUGCUUUGUUAAUGGCUGUGAUGCUUCUAUGUUGCUUGAUGAUACACCAAACAUGCUUGGUGAAAAACUUUCCCUUGCAAAUAUAAAUUCACUGAGAUCUUAUGAAGUUGUUGAUGAAAUCAAAGAAGCGUUAGAGAAGGCUUGCCCUGGAGUUGUUUCUUGCGCUGACAUCAUAAUCAUGGCCUCUAGAGAUGCUGUUUACUUGACUGGAGGACCUUAUUGGGAGGUGAAAUUAGGAAGAUUGGAUAGCUUAACAGCAAGCCAAAAAGCUUCGGAUGCAGUCAUGCCGAGUCCAAGGUCCAAUGCAACUUACCUGAUAGACCUCUUCAGUAGAUUCAAUCUCUCUGUCAAAGAUCUGGUUGCCCUUUCUGGGUCACAUUCAAUUGGCAAAGGUCGGUGUUUUUCAAUCAUGUUUAGGCUCUAUAACCAAUCAGGCACCGGUCUGCCUGACCCGGCUAUCGAUCCGAGGUUCAGAGAAGAGCUAAAAAAGCUAUGCCCACCAGAUGUAGACCAAAAUGUGACAAAGGGUUUGGAUGCCACACCCCUGAAGUUUGAUAACCAGUAUUUCAAAGACUUGGUUUCUGGAAGAGGGUUUUUGAAUUCUGAUCAAACACUUUUCACAACUCCACAGACUAGGGAAUUUGUGAUGCAGUACAGUAUAAACCAAGAACUAUUCUUUGACGACUUUGCGAAGGGGAUGGAAAAGAUGGGUGAUUUGCAGAGUGAUAAUCCAGGGGAGAUAAGAAGGAAUUGCAGAGUGGCAAACCAGCACCAUGGGAACACCGUGUGGGAAUCUUAAAGAGAUGGGACUUUGUUUGAUCAAAAUUGUUAUAAAGAAUAGAGAUGGGACAGAAAAUUGUUCUGCCCAAAAGGUCCUUCUGGGAUUUGAUGUAUAGAAGAUAUUUAAGUAAAUAUAUAUAUAUAUAUAUAUAUAUAUUGGUCGUAUGGUCUCUUUUGUCAUAACAUGGAUGCUUAUGGUUGGAAUAUAUGCAAAAGAUGAGUGAAGAUAACACAAUAUAGAAAAUUCUAACUUAUUUUGUCCUUCUUAUU